CGAUAAUCAGCAAAAUUAAAACUCCAACAUGGAAAAUUGAUAGUAUAAUCUAUCAUACUAAUCAUUCCCUCAGGCUGAAGAAUUGGCGCUAUCCGGGGAUUCCGAGGUGUUCUGUAUCAAAAAGCGUCAUGGAUCCGUCCAUACCUCAACCCGAGUCCCUCGAACCCCAGCAAAUCCGCGUCAACUUCACGACGACAUCACCCGAUCUACAACUCCCAGAGGGACGAACACAAUUACUCGUCCCCUCAGACAUAAAGCGAUAUGGCCUAUCCCGCGUCCUCAACUCCGAGUCCAUGCUCAACACCCCAUCGCCCAUUCCUUUCGACUUCCUCAUCAACGGCGCCUUCCUACGGACCUCACUCGAAGACUACCUGAAGGCCAACGGUCUAUCCUCCGAGAGCACAGUUACACUACAGUACGUGCGCAGCUUGAUACCACCCGUGUACCAGGCAGGCUUCGAGCAUGACGAUUGGGUUAGCGACAUUGACAUCUUAUCCGAGAGCUCUCGUGCGGGUGUAUGGAGCGGCGACAAGUUUUCUACAGGCCAAGAUAGAAUUUUAUCUGCGUCUUACGACGGGUUAUUAAGAGUAUGGGACGGCUCGGGGAAUGUAAUUGCAACCUCACUUUCAGGAAGCUUGGGAGGCCACAACGCCACCGUCAAAUCCGCCAAAUUCCUAUCUGCGUCGCUAGUCGCAUCGGCAGGACUUGAUCGUACUGUCCGAAUAUGGAAGUACACCGAAGCAGACGACCACUUCUCCGGCACCCUGAAACCUUCACUCGAGCUAUACGGACAUAAAGCAUGUGUCGAGUCCCUCGAUGUCCACGGCCCAACAGGGCGCAUCCUCAGCUCGUCUAGCGACGGCAGCAUCGGGCUCUGGACAACCUCCAAGUCAUCUGCUCCUGCAGCCCCGGCAUCCCUCCUCCCCGGCGCCACCACCACUUCCAAAAAGCGCAAGCUCGCCCCCUCCACCGCGCCCCAGCGCGGUGCUCUCUCUCUCCUACAACCGCAUACUUCUUCCGCCUCCGCCGUUCUGUUCUCCCCAACCGACCCCACGAUCGCAUACUCCGCAUCGCAAGACCACACGAUCCGGACUCUCGACUUAACAACCUCGAAAACCGAAAAUGUGAUCACGACCUCUCACCCGCUCCUCUCUCUCAUCUGGCUCAAGCGCGGGCUCCUUGCGGCCGGUACUUCGGCGCGCCACAUCACGCUCGCGGACCCCCGCGCCGACGCAUCCACGACGUCCGUUAUGACGCUACGCGGACACCGGAACAUGGUUAGCACCCUAUCCGCAUCGCCCGACAACGAGUAUAGCCUCGUUUCGGGAUCCCACGACGGCACCUGUCGGAUCUGGGAUCUUCGUAGUGUGCGCGCAGGCACCAGAGUCGAAGGCGGUGGUAGCGUGAGCGAGGCCGUGUACGUGAUCGAACGAGAGAGCCAGAAGGCGCAGAAGAAUGGCAGUGGUAAGAGCGACGUCCCUGGGCGUGGGGCUAAAGUGUUUGGUGUGGCAUGGGAUAAGAGCUGGGGGAUCGUGAGCGGUGGUGAGGAUAAGAUGGUGCAGAUAAAUGCGGGGAGGGGUUUGUUGGCGGUGGAUUAGCACUCUUGGUGGUAUAGAGGUUAUUUAUGGUGUGGUGAUUUCUGUAUAGAGAAAAACAAAGGCAUGGUGAAUAUACCCAAGUAAUUAGAUAUUUAAUGUCU